UGCAGCUUCACUCCGGUCAGACCCGCGGAGCGGUGAGGAUUACCGUGCGGGAGAAGCGCCCUGCAAGGACCGAGGACCGGGACCGGACCGGACCGGACCGCUGAGGACAGGAGGACAGGAGGACAGGAGGACAGCUUCACUGGGACGUCAUCUGGGUUCCAUCUGGUUUUCUAUUCUACUGGAAGUGGAGGAAAGGCGCAGAGAAGCAGAGGUGCUGACAGGAUCAGAGGAGGAGAGAAGAUCCAGAUCCGCGUCUCUGAACAGAUUCACCUGAAUCCAAAAAGAAUAAAAACAGGAGAAUCACUCAUGGAUCAUAACCCUGACUUAUUAAUAAGCAGCUAAUUCUGUCCGGUGCAGUGGAAUAAUGUGAUUUAUCACCAUUAACCUGGAAUCAUGUCUUCUGGUGGAAAUCUUCCACUUUCACCUGGACGAGGCUGAGUGAGGAAGAAGUGAGAAGAAGAACGUUGGAGGAAGAGAAGAAAUUAAAAAAGAGACAAAAGAGGGACGAGCGGUGGGUUCAGGUUCGGAGAAUCACUUCACUUCUGGUGCCGGAUGGUAUUUCUCUCUCUGCGGGGAUGGAGGGAUGAAGCCGGGAGAGAAAAGGACGGGGAAGAGCGAGAAAGAGAGAGGAGGCAGAAGCGGAGAAGGAUGUAGGUGCUGGACGCGCCCUGUGGAGGAACCGUGAACCCGAGUGGAAUUUACUACCUGAAGGAUUUUAUUUCUCUGGAGCCUCUGGAGUUACAGCAGGAUGGGAUUAGGAGGAAUAACUGAGAGCUGAGAGAGGAAGGAAGAGAGUGAGGAUUGUGGACCGGCGGUCUGAUCCGCCAUGCUGAGUCCCUGUUGUCACAUGUGAAUCCUGUAACAUGUGCAGAAUGCUUCUACGUCUCUGAAGGUGUCCGACCAGGUGAGGAUGCUAAUCAUGGAGAGGCUGUUGUUCUGCGUGAUCCUGGCGGUUUCCAUGGCGGUGCGGGCACAGAUCUGUCCGAAGCGCUGCGUCUGCCAGAUCCUGUCACCGAACCUGGCGACGCUCUGCGCCAAGAAGGGUCUACUGUUUGUGCCGCCAAACAUCGACAGGCACACGGUGGAGCUGCGGCUGGCCGACAACUUCGUCACAAGCGUGAAAAGGAAAGACUUUGCAAACAUGACGCGGCUGGUGGACCUGACAUUAUCCAGAAACACCAUCUCAUACAUCACACCUCAUGCCUUUACAGAUUUAGAAAAUCUCCGAGCGCUUCACCUCAACAGUAACCGUCUGACGAGGAUAGGCAACGACACGUUCAGCGGGAUGUCAAAGCUUCACCACCUGAUCCUCAACAACAACCAGCUGGUUCUGAUCCAUCAGGGAGCGUUCAACGACCUGCUGGCGCUGGAGGAGCUGGACCUCAGCUACAAUAACCUGGACUCUAUUCCCUGGGAGGCCAUUCAGAGAAUGACAAGCCUUCAUACGCUGAGCUUAGACCACAACAUGCUGGAAUACAUUCCAGAAGGAACCUUCUCCCUUCUGCAGAAACUCAACCGGCUGGACGUCACCUCCAAUAAACUGCAGAAGCUCCCACCAGACCCCCUGUUUCAGCGGGCGCAGGUUCUAGCCACAUCAGGGGAGAUGACUCCCUCGUCGUUCGCGCUGUCGUUUGGAGGAAAUCCUCUCCACUGUAACUGUGAGUUACUGUGGCUGAGGAGGCUGAAGAGGGAGGACGACCUGGAGACCUGCGCCACGCCUGAGCACCUGGCCGGCCGGUACUUCUGGUCCAUCUCUGAGGAGGAGUUCCUCUGUGAGCCGCCGCUCAUCACCAGAUUCUCCCAUGAGAUGAGAGUCCUGGAAGGACAGAGAGUCGCUCUCAGGUGUAAGGCAAGAGGCGAUCCAGAACCAGCCAUUCACUGGAUCUCUCCUGAAGGCAAACUGGUGUCCAACUCCUCCAGAACCUUGGUUUACAGCAACGGGACUCUGGACAUCCUCAUCAGCACUGUGAAAGACACGGGCUCCUUCACCUGCAUCUCGUCCAACCCGGCCGGCGAAGCCCACCAGACCGUGGAGCUGGUCAUAAUCAAACUGCCUCACAUCUCCAACAACACCAACAACAUCCAAGAACCCGAUCCGGGUUCGUCAGACAUUUCCACGUCGGCCCGAGGCGGCGCCAACGGCAGCAACGUGACGGGCGACGUGAAGGGCGGCGUGGACAAGCGGGUGGUGACGGCCGAGGCCAGGUCGUCCACCGCGCUCAUCAAGUUCAACUUCCAGAGGAACAUUCCCGGCAUCAGGAUGUUCCAGAUCCAGUACAACGGCAGCCAGGAUGACUCGCUGGUUUACAGGAUGAUUCCUCCAUCGAGCGAGAACUUCCUGGUCAACAACCUGGCCGCCGGGACUCAGUACGACCUGUGUGUCCUGGCCAUCUAUGAUGAUGUCAUCACGUCGCUGACAGCCACGCGAGUGGUGGGCUGCGUUCAGUUCACCACUGAGUCGGAGUACAUGCGCUGCCACUUCAUGCAGUCCCAGUUCCUCGGCGGGACGAUGAUCAUCAUCAUCGGAGGGAUAAUCGUCGCCUCGGUGCUCGUCUUCAUCAUCAUCCUGAUGAUACGGUACAAGGUUUGUAAUCCUGGUGAAGGUGGCAAAGUCUCCCUGUCGAUGACCAAUGUUCACUCGCAGACCAACGGGCAGCAGUCACAUGGCUGCACCGUCACUCCCAGCUCCUCUAAACACGGAUCAGUUGGAUUGGAUGACUUGUCUGCCGGCUCAAAGAAAAAGAGCGGCGCUGCGGCGGCGGGGCCCGGGGAGAAGGACACGCUCACUCAGUCGUCUGAAUGCUCCCUGCCCGACUGCUCCACGGCCACGUCUGUUCUGAGCCAGAGCUGGACGGCUGGCGGUGAAGACCGGGACAAAGUGGCCGAGCAGAGACCUCUGACUGGCGUCGGGUCGCCCACCGCCGCCUCCGGGUCCCUGCACAAGUCCAAGAGGAAGCCGGCUCCCGUUCAGCCCGAGAACCGCCCGCCACCCUCCUCUCCUCGCCCUCCGCCCUCUUCCACCCCGUCCUCUGCCCCGUUGGAGAACCUCAACACCAACCGCAACAACUCCACCAGUCUGAACAAAACCCCACCGCCUCCCUUUGUGCCCUCACCGUUCUCCGGGCCCCUGUUGGCCCCCAGCCCGGUUCCUUCCAUGCGGUUCAGAGAAACGCCCGUCCUGCGCCGGGCUCCUCGCGCCGUCUCCUCCUCUGCAAAAUACCAGACUCUCUCUACGGAGGAGGGAGGCCGGAGCAGGGCGAGGAGGAGGUACUCGCUCAGCGAAGAAGGCGCAAAAACUCAGUCGCCCCAUCAGAGGGCCGGAGGGGCGAAGCUGGGCCGCGUGAUGCGGAACAAACGGAGCCAGUCCAUGAGCGGGAUGCUGCUGUCUAAAGAAGAGGACGGCGACUCGGAGAAAGGGCGCAGCGAGUCAGACUGGAUCUUAGAAAGCACAGUUUGAAGUGAAGCCAGGCGGCGACCGGACAGGAACUUUGGUUCCCUCAUUGAGCUGUGUGUGUGUUUGCGGUGUGUCUGGGUUUGUUUUUCCACCUGAAGAGCCGGUCAGCCUCGGAAUCAAUCCUCAUUUUGUUUUCAUGCUUGAAUUUUGUUUUUAUGUGUGUUUGAUUUGAUUGGACAUGUUUUCUGGAUGAACGUUUUUUACCUCUUUCUUUUCAUCUUGUUUUUUGUAUUCUGUUUACAGUUUUGUUCUCCACCUUGACAUUAUCCUUUGGUAAAUGGAUAACAUGCCUUGUCUCGUAGCGUUGGAGUCGUCUUACUGGAUCCACUUUAUAGCACAAAAGAAAAAGAAAAAAAACAAGACAAUGAGCUUGCCACGUUAUUUCUGAAUUCACAUUCACCGUAUCUGAAAGCACCACAAAAGGGAAAUUAAUAAAGGGAAAGAAGAGGAUGAAGAACCCUGCAGCAAGAAGAAAAGCACAUCAUUUUUAAGAGCUGCACACUUGCAUACAGUAUGCACUCAUUUUGUGGCAAGAGAACAGCAGUCGGUGCCUUCUUUUGCACUAACAGACCCUCCCUGGCAGUAACUAGAUCUGGAUUUAUGACUUCACCGCAGCUCCACUAACGAGAGCUCCGGAGGAACCGGAUCCAACUAAGGAAGAGACGGAUUUCACACACAGCCUUUCUUACCUAAUGGGGAGUACUCACAUUUUCUUGACAUAUAAAGACAAAAAGUAACAAACAGAAGAACAUUUUAAUGGACCUCUUAUGAAAUUGUUAUUUUUAAACUUGAGAAGAAAAAGAAACAUGAUUAUCUUGUGAGCUUUUCACUGACAUUGGUAUACUGGAGCCUGUGUUGGUCACAAGCUCCCAGAAAGCUUCUGUACAGAAAAAGACAACAUGUACCGUGUUGUUAUGUUGUGUAAAAUAAAACCGGUUAAAACUAAA